AUGGCAGAUAACACUUCAGUCGUUGAUAACAGCAAGAAAAAUGAAUGCAAACAGUGUCUCCAAUCAUUCGCAAACAAAACACAACUGGCCAAGCAUAUGUUCUUACACAGGGAAGGCUUCAUUUGUCCAUACUGCAACAAACCUUUUGCAUCGGAAUCAGGAUUGAAACGUCAUUGGAAUGCCAAUCACAAAAAUGCCAAACCAAUCCCCCAUUGCGACAUCUGUGGGGAGAAGUUUGGUUCAAGACGAGAUCUCGAAAAGCAUCAUUUGUUGAGUCAUAGAGCCGACAAACAUUUCAAAUGCAAAUUCUGUGGCGCCAAGUUCUCAUGGAUUACAAAUUUGAAGAAACAUGAGAGUUUUCAUACCAAUGGCCCAAAAAAACCAUUCAAAUGUAGGAUUUGUGCAGAGACGUUCAGGUGGGAGAUCAGUUUAGAAAUUCACGAACAAUUGCAC